GAAGGACCCUGGAGAGGAAGGGGGAGACUGAGUCACCACGACAGCUCUUCCUGCCGAAGCCCGCCAAGGCUGAUGAAGACUGACCUAAAAAAAGCAAUCGGCCUCAAUACAUUCUCUUGCCAAUUUUGUCUGUAAAAUAGGGAAAUGUUUAGGUUGUCAACUGGCCAGGUAGAAAGAAUGGGAACUAGGACUUUAGAGCUCACCUCUGCCAACCUGAGAAAACAUAUUCCCAGAGAGAUGAAACAACUAACCAAGGCUUAACACAGGAGAAAUAGGCCCAGUCAGAGACAGGCCCUGACUCCCUGCUCAAGUUUCUACAGCUGGUUAUCCUUUAAUGGCUCCUCUCUGACCUACAUAUAUGGUACCCAUUCAUUACUAACAAGGUCACCAAUAUUACUCCUGUCUACCUAUACUACCGUUCAGCACAGUUCCCUGUACCCUGGGCACUGCCAAUAACCUUGCCAGUACCAAUCAGUCUAAGCAUCCUUAGAGGAUAUACCAAGAUGAACAGGUUUAGGUAACCUAAAAGCUAUACUGCAUUGGAAGAGCCAUACGCCUUGUAGCUAAUAGUAGGCAGAAACUACUUACCAGCUAUGUGGUCAGGUCACUUAGUUUGGGAAGCCUGAGUUACAUCUCUAGUCUACCACCUAGAGAUAAUACAACAGACUCACUAGGGCUACUGUGAGACUUAAAAAUGAUUUGUCUCUCUAAACUGCCCAAGUGUCUGAGACAUAGUAUCUAGUCUAAGUGAUCUCCCCGCCCCCCCUUAAAAGGAAAGAGAGAAGGGCAUAAUCUGAGGACUGCAAGUGCACACGUGACGCUGGAUGUCUAGUUACAUCAUCAUGUCUAGUAUGGGGUUCAUGGUCCUUUUAUAAAUCAGAGAGCACACAUUGAAACACAGAAACGACAGUUCUGAUGACACUGAAGAUGGGUGAGUGAGUCCACAGCUCUACCCAGGUGACAUAGAGAAACCUGUACCAAGAGGGAGCACACCCAGCAUGACCUUUAUCAGUGGAGGUUAUUAUUACUAUGUUUAGCAUUCUUUUGAAGCCUUAUGCAGAACCUCAAAAUAUAAAGCUUAUAAUCUCACAAGUAAAAAGGACAUUCUGGCGGACACAGAUUAUUACAAACACUGAUACUCUCUCAUUAGUCAGGUGUCCUUUAUACUCUAGACAUUCCUCCUAAUAGAGCACUAGUCUACAUGGCUUUAUAAGAAAAACUACUGGCUGGCCUCCCUGAACCAAUGUAACACUGAGGUACAGCCUCAGUUAAGACAUCCUUCAGUAUUUUGCCCACCUUGGGUGACCUGGGUCUUGGAUGUAAGAUACAGAUCGAGAGAGUGAGGGGUAAGGUCAUAAGUGACAGAAGGGGGUGGGUAGGAGGCUAUUCUAGUACUAAGAAUAUAAGGCUUUAAGUCAGACAGACGUCCAUUGGGUUAUUUUGUCUCUUGAUGUCUUAUACUUCAGCAAUUAAUGAAAAGCAGGCUUUUAAGUAUGUUACAAAUCCACAGUGAUCCUCCCAACUACUCUAUGAGGUAAUGCCACGCCCACUUUUUUUUUUUUUUAUUUAAAUUACGGCUGGCACCGACUCACAGGAGCUAGCUGGUCUGGUCAGCAUCACAUCCAGCUAAUUAAAUACGAACUAAGCCUCCCAGAUGUGUGGAGCUGUUCCUGGAUCUACAGCUCGUUGCCACCAUCAUCUUCCUACCUUCUGAGAGACCCUGAAACCCUUGCCAUGGAAAAGUACCACGUUUUGGAGAUGAUUGGAGAAGGCUCUUUUGGCAGAGUGUAUAAGGGCCGAAAAAAAUACAGUGCUCAGGUGGUGGCCUUGAAGUUCAUCCCCAAACUGGGGCGCUCAGAGAAAGAGCUGAGGAAUCUGCAACGAGAGAUUGAAAUCAUGCGGGGUCUCUGGCAUCCCAACAUUGUGCAUAUGCUUGACAGCUUUGAGACUGACAAAGAGGUGGUGGUGGUAACGGACUAUGCUGAGGGAGAACUCUUUCAGAUUCUGGAAGACGAUGGAAAACUUCCCGAAGACCAGGUUCAGGCCAUCGCGGCCCAGCUGGUGUCAGCCCUGUACUACCUGCAUUCCCACCGCAUCCUCCACCGAGACAUGAAACCCCAGAACAUCCUUCUCGCCAAGGGCGGCGGCAUCAAACUCUGUGACUUUGGAUUUGCCCGAGCUAUGAGCACUAACACCAUGGUGCUGACGUCCAUCAAAGGCACACCACUCUAUAUGUCUCCAGAGCUGGUGGAGGAGCGACCAUAUGACCACACAGCAGACCUCUGGUCUGUAGGCUGCAUCCUGUAUGAGCUGGCUGUAGGCACGCCUCCCUUCUACACGACCAGCAUCUUUCAACUGGUCAACCUCAUUCUCAAGGACCCUGUGCGCUGGCCCUCCAGCAUCAGCUCCUGCUUCAAGAACUUCCUGCAGGGGCUGCUCACCAAGGACCCGCGGCAGCGCCUGUCCUGGCCGGACCUCCUGCAUCACCCCUUCAUUGCCGGCCGUGUCACCAUAAUAACUGAACCAGCAGGCUCAGAUUUGGGCGCCCCGUUUACUAGCCGUCUACCUCCGGAACUUCAGGUCCUGAAGGAUGAACAGGCCCACCGGCUGGCACCCAAGGGUAACCAGUCUCGCCUCCUGCGCCAGGCCUGUAAACGCAUGGCUGAAGAAGCCAAGCAGAAGAAAGACCAGAAUGCGGGACCUGGCCUUGAACAAGAAGAUAAGCCUGGCAAGGUGUCACCCAGCGCAGCCCCUGUGCCUAGACUAAAGGAUGCUCCUCAGGAACCAAGCCUCUUGGCUAGCAUAUUGGACUCAGAAAUGCAGAGCAACUGGGAAGACUGGGCGACUGGAGAAGUGCCCCCUACACCUCGGGAAAACCACAUCACCUUGGAGUGUGAACAAGCAUUCCCAGAGCUGAGGUCAGAGACAAUGGGCCAGCAGAGCAGCGAGGCGAUGGAUCUAGAAAACGAGGAGCCAGACAGUGAUGACGAGUGGCAGCGCCUCCUAGAGACCACCGAGCCUGUGCCCGUGCAGCUGAAGGCUCCUCUCACGCUGCUGUGUAACCCUGACUUCUGCCAGCGCAUCCAGAGUCAGCUGCGUGGGACUGGCGAGCAGAUCCUGAAAGGCAUCUUGGAGGGUGCUUCCCACCUCCUUCCUGCACUCCGUGUCCUGAGCAGUCUCCUGUCCAGCUGCAGUGACUCUGUGCUCCUGUACACCUUCUGCCAGGAGGCAGGGCUGCCCAGGCUGCCUCUGAGCCUCCUCAGACACAGCCAGGAGAACAGCAGUAUCCAGCAGCAACCUUGGUACGGGGCCUUCCUGCGGGACCUGGUGGCUGUGGUCCAGGCCUACUUUUCCUGCGCCUUCAAUCUGGAGAGGAGCCAGACAGGUGACAGCCUACAGGUGUUUCAGGAGGCUGCCAACCUCUUUUUGGACUUGUUGGGAAAGCUGUUGGCCCAAUCGGAUGACUCCGAGCAGACAUUUCGCAGGGACAGCCUUAUGUGCUUUGCUGUCCUGUGUGAAGCUGUGGACGGGAACAGCCGGGCCAUCUCCAAUGCCUUUUACUCCAGCCUGUUGACCAGCCAGCGCGCUGUGUUAGACGGGCUCCUUCAUGGCCUGACAGUCCCUCAGCUUGCGUUCCACACCCCCCCAGGAGCCCCACAAGUGACCCAGCCACUUCGGGAGCAGUGUGAAGAUAUCCCUGGAGCUAUUUCUUCUGCCCUGGCAGCCAUGUGUACCGCUCCUGUGGGGCUGCCGAGCUGUUGGGACGCCAAGGAACAGGUCUCUUGGCAUUUGGCCAAUCAGCUGACUGAGGACAGUAGCCAACUGAGGCCAUCCCUUGUCUCUGGUCUGCGGCAUCAUAUCCUAUGUCUCCACCUUCUCAAGGUUCUCUAUUCUUGCUGCUAUAUCAGUGAACGCCUGUGCCAGAUUCUGGGGCAAGAGCCCCUGGCCUUGGAGUCACUGUUGAUGCUGGUCCAGGGCAAGGUAAAAGUAGCCGAUUGGGAAGAGUCCACCGAGGUGGCACUCUACCUCCUGUCCCUUCUUGUCUUUCGGCUCCAAGAUCUGCCUUCUGGGUUGGAGAAGCUGGGCAGUGAGGUUGCUACUCUCUUCACCCGCUCACACGUCGUCUCUCUUGUGAAUGCAGCAGCCUGUCUCUUAGGCCAACUUGGUCAGCAAGGGGUGACCUUUGACCUCCAGCCCCAGGAAUGGAUUGCUGCAGCUGCACAUGCCCUGUCUGCCCCUGCAGAGGUCCGGCUGACUCCACCGUGCAGCUGUGGCUUCUAUGAUGGUCUCCUCAUCCUUCUGCUCCAGCUCCUUAUUCAGGGGAAGCCUGGCCUGACCAGGGACGUGGCUGCUUCCGAGGUGUGGACCAUUCUGUGGCACCGCUUUUCCAUGGCCCUGAGGCUACCUGAGGAGGUGACUGUACAGGAAGACGAUCUGUCACUAUCAAGUCCGCCCAGCCUAGAGCCAGACUGGACACUGAUUUCACCCCAAGGCAUGGCAGCCUUGCUGAGCCUGGCCAUGGCCGUCUUCACCCAGGAGCCCCAGUUAUGCCUGAGCCACCUGUCCCAGCAUGGAAGCAUCCUCAUGUUGACCCUGAAGCACCUCCUUUCCCCCAGCUUCUUGCAUCACCUGAGCCAAGCGCCUCAGGGGCCCGAGUUCCUCCCUGUCGUGGUCCUCUCCGUGUGCCAGCUGCUUUGCUUCCCUUUUGCCCUGGAUGUGGAUGCUGACCUCCUUGUAGGCAUCUUGGCCGACCUCAGGGACUCAGAAGUUGCAAUCUGCCUGCUGCAGGUCUGCUGCCACCACCUUCCGUUGUUACAAGCAGAGCUGCCCAUUGGUCUGCUUACACGCCUGGCCCUCAUGGAUCCCACCUCUCUCAAGCAGUUUGUGGACACAGUGGCUACCUCUUCCAGGACCAUCAUCUCCUUCCUCUCUAUUGUUCUACUGAGUGACCAGCCCUUCAUGAUUUCUGACCUUCUGUCCCUGCUGACCCACACAGCCCGGGUUCUAUCCCCCAGCCACUUGUCCUUUGUCCAGGAGCUCCUGGCUGGCUCUGAUGAAUCCUAUCGGCCAUUGCGUAGCCUCCUGGGCCACUCAGAGAACACCGUGCGGGUGCGUACUUAUGGGCUUCUGGGACACUUGUUACAGCACAGCAUGGCCCUACGUGGGGCACUGCAGAGCCAGACAGGACUGCUCAGCCUUCUGCUGCUAGGACUUGGAGACAAGGACCCUGCCGUGCGACGCGGUGCCAGCUUUGCUGUGGGCAAUGCGGCCUACCAGGCUGGUCCCUUGGGACCUGCCCUGGCAGCUGCAGUGCCCAGUUUGACCCAGCUGCUUGGAGAUCCUCAGGAUGGUAUCCGGCGCAAUGUUGCAUCAGCUCUGGGCAAUCUGGGACCCGAAGGACUGGGCAAGGAGCUAUUACAGUGCCAAGUACCCCAGCGGCUCCUAGAAAUGGCAUGUGGAGACCCUCAGCCAGCUGUCAAGGAGGCCGCCCUCAUCGCUCUUCGGAGCCUCCGACAAGAGUCCUGUAUUCAUCAGGUGCUGGUGUCCCUGGGUGCCAGUGAGAAAUUAGCCUUGCUCUCUUUGGGGAACCAGUUACUGCCGAAUAGCAGCACCAGGCCUGCCUCUGCCAGACAUUGCAGGAAACUCAUCCACCUCCUGAGGCCAACCCACAGCACGUGA